GCGUGGUCACGUGAUGUUGCAUUAGCUCGCUGACUCUGCUAUGUUUGUCGUUUGUGCUAACGUUUUAGAAAUGCUAACUUUCUUGCUUUUAUCGGUUUAUCGUGGCAAAGGGACGUCCCGCAGCUUUCCAGAUAUCCGUUUUUAUCGACGGUGGGCGAGAAGUUUGACUGCGAAAACGGGCCUUCGCGUCACGUGACCAGCAUGCGGCUGAGCGUUUGAUAAAAAAAGAUGGCGUGAGCGCGGCGGAGCGAAGAGGACAACAAACUGCCGAACCGGAGCGGCGAGAGAGAGCAGCCCUUCAACUGUCAAAUGGAUCCUGGACAGGAUUUACUCCUUGCUGCCCUGAGUGAGAGUGGCAUUUGUCCAAAUGAUUUUGGCCUAUUUGAUCUUGAUUCUCAGGAUGUUGCACAGCCCUCCACAACCCAGCAAUCUAUCUCCAUCAGUGCCCUGGAGGGUAUUGGGGGGACAGAGUCGGUGGAUGUUAUUCGAAAUGAUCCUCCAGUUCCAGUCCCGAUUGUUACCAUCAGGCACAAACCUCAGCCAUCAACCACCACGUUUGUCUUAAAUCAGCUGAAUCAGUUGCCGUCACUAGGAGCUGCUGUGACCAAACAAUCAGUAACAAAUCCCAUCAAACAUACCAUAACUGUCACCAAAGUGGUCCAUGUUAGUAAUUCAGCUCUGCGAGGAACUUCAACCCUUUCCUCCACGAGUACUCCUUCUUCAGCGCCAACAGUAGUGCCUUCUAACAGAGAUCAGCAAAUUCAGCUGAAAGACCUCCUCCGGACUGGCAAUGUGAGGACCACUGGUCUUAAGGGGAACAGUUUGAUGGAGCUUAUGAGACUGAAGCCUCCAUCUAAUAUCGCUCCACCAGUAGCUUCAGCAACAGCAACAGCUGAAAUGAACAAUGGGAUCAAGAAAGAAGUAUUGGGUAAAGAUUCUUCCAGGAUAUGGAUGAAUGAAGAUGUUAAAAUGCAGCCCUUCUCACAUUCAAUGAAAAUCCCAGGGAUGAAGGAAGAGGAUGAGCCUGAGGAGGAAGAGGAGGACGAGUUGGGUCAUGCGGAGACUUAUGCAGAGUACAUGCCAAUGAAGUUAAAGAUUGGCCAGCGGCAUCCGGAUCCUGUGGUGGAGACCAGCUCCCUGUCCAGUGUUAACCCUCCAGACGUGUGGUACAGACUGUCCAUCUCAGAAGAAGUCAUUGAUCGUGGCUGCCUGUCUGCACUGCAGCUGGAGGCAAUAACAUAUGCUGCUCAGCAACAUGAGACAUUCCUCCCCUGUGGUGAUCGAGCUGCAUAUUUGAUUGGAGAUGGAGCAGGUGUGGGGAAAGGCCGGACCAUUGCAGGCAUCAUCCAUGAGAAUUACCUUUUGGGCAGAAAGAGAUCACUUUGGUUCAGUGUCUCUAACGACUUGAAGUAUGAUGCGGAAAGGGAUUUAAAGGACAUAGGGGCCAAAAACAUCCAGGUUCACUCAUUGAACAAGUUCAAAUAUGGAAAAAUCACCUCAAAACACAAUGGCAGUGUGAAGAAAGGUGUGAUAUUCGCCACCUACUCCUCCUUGAUCGGAGAGAGCCAAUCGGGAGGGAAGUACAAGACCAGAUUUCAACAGCUUAUCCACUGGUGUGGGGAGGACUUUGACGGAGUUAUUGUGUAUGACGAGUGUCACAAAGCCAAAAAUGUAUGUCCAGUUGGAUCAUCGAAACCUACAAAAACUGGUCUUGCAGUUUUGGAACUGCAGAACAAACUCCCCAAGGCUCGCGUUGUGUAUGCCAGUGCUACAGGUGCAUCUGAACCCAGGAAUAUGGCCUAUAUGAAUCGUCUCGGCAUCUGGGGACUUAAAACACCUUUCAGAGAAUUUAACAACUUCAUCCAAGCUGUUGAGCGAAGAGGUGUGGGCGCCAUGGAAAUAGUAGCCAUGGACAUGAAACUGAGGGGAAUGUACAUUGCAAGGCAAUUGAGUUUUACAGGAGUGACCUUUAAGAUCGAGGAGGUUCCCCUGACUCCACAAUACAUCAAAAUGUACAACAAAUCUGUCAAGCUGUGGGUGCUUGCACGAGAGAAGUUCCAGGCGGCAGCCAACCUGAUGGAUGCAGAGCAGCGCAUGAAGAAGUCCAUGUGGGGCCAGUUCUGGUCUGCUCACCAGAGGUUCUUCAAAUACCUCUGCAUCGCCUCCAAAGUCCGCAGAGUGGUGCAGCUGGCUCGAGAGGAGGUCCAGAAUGGAAAGUGCGUGGUGAUCGGCCUUCAGUCCACGGGAGAAGCCAGAACACUUGAGGCCUUGGAGGAAGGAGGAGGAGAGCUCAAUGACUUUGUGUCGACUGCAAAAGGUGUGCUGCAGUCCCUGGUUGAGAAGCACUUCCCAGCCCCUGACAGACAGAAGCUUUACACUCUGCUAGGUAUCGACCUCUCAGCUAAGAAGACCCCCUCACCCAUUGAGCCUGCAGCACAACCAGAACAGAAGGGCAAAAAACGGAAAGGUUCAGAUGUAAAAAAGCAGCAGAAAAAGAAGCCUCGCAAGCAUGGUGGCUUGUCAGGUACCAGCUCGGAGGAGAGCCAGUCAGAGGAGUCAGACAGAGAGUCUGGUAAAGAGAGUGACGACAGCUUCAAAUCUGUCAGCUCAGGGGACGAAGACGACGAUUUCAACCCAUUCAGAGACGAGUCAGAUGACGACGAUGAAGAUGAUCCAUGGCUGAUCAGAAAAGAACCAAAGAAAGGAAAGGAGAAGAAGAAGAAAAAGAGAAGCAAGAGCAUUGACCCCGACUGCAUUCAAAGUGCCUUGUUAGCCUCCGGGCUGGGGUCCACCAGGCCCGCUUUCACUGCCCCUGUUGCACCCCCCAGCACACCUGCCAUUGUCAAGGCAGAGAGUCAGGACAGCUGCCUAACAAGUGAAGAUGCAGUGGACAAUGCCCAGAAAAUGAAGAGAGAUCUGCUGGAACAACUGGAUGAGUUAGCUGAGGAUCUGCCUCCCAACACUCUGGACGAGCUCAUAGAUGAACUGGGAGGACCUGAGAACGUAGCUGAGAUGACUGGCCGAAAAGGUCGUGUGGUCAGCAAUGACGACGGCACCAUCACCUAUGAAUCCCGCUCUGAGCUGGAUGUCCCGGUGGAAAUCCUCAAUCUCACAGAGAAGCAACGGUUCAUGGAUGGAGAGAAGAACAUAGCCAUCAUCUCGGAAGCUGCUAGUUCUGGUAUAUCCCUGCAGGCCGAUCGCCGAGUGAAGAACCAGCGGCGGAGAGUCCAUAUGACACUGGAGCUGCCGUGGAGCGCAGACAGAGCCAUACAGCAGUUCGGGAGAACUCACAGGUCUAACCAGGUCACGGCUCCAGAAUAUGUCUUCCUUAUCUCUGAGCUGGCAGGAGAGCAGAGAUUUGCAUCCAUUGUUGCCAAAAGACUAGAAAGCCUGGGUGCUCUCACUCACGGAGACAGAAGAGCAACAGAAACUCGAGACCUCAGCCGGUUUAAUUUUGACAACAAAUAUGGCAGAAAUGCUCUGGAAAUUGUGAUGAAGUCUAUCGUGAAGCUGGAUUCUCCAUUAGUUCCUCCACCAACUACUUUUAGAGGGGAUUUCUUCAAAGAAAUUCAAAUUGGAUUAAUAGGUGUGGGCAUCAUAAAUCUGGACGAACGAUUUAGUGCAAUGAUACUGGACAAAGAUUACAACAACAUGGGGAAGUUCCUGAACCGUAUUUUGGGCAUGGAGGUCCAGCAGCAGAAUGCCUUGUUCCAAUACUUUUCUGACACAUUGGCAGCAGUUAUUCAGGAAGCCAAGAAGAGUGGCAGAUAUGACAUGGGCAUUCUCGAUCUGGGCUCUGGUGAUGAGAAGGUGAAGAAGAUAGACUGCAAGAAAUUCCUAACUCCAGGAUACACCACAGCAGGACAUGUGGAGCUGUACAACGUAAGUGUGGAAAGGGGGAUGUCAUGGGAGGAAGCCACACAUGUCUGGGCAGAUCAGAAUGGAGGGGAUGAUGGCUUCUAUGUUCAGAUGAGGAACAACAAGAAAACAGCCAUACUGGUCAAAGAGGUGAACCCCAAGAAGAGGCUCUUCCUGGUUUACAGGCCGAACACCGGCAGACAGGUCAAACUGGAGACGUACACUGACAUCAAGAAGAAGUUUAAAAAGGUUAUGUCAGACGACGCCAAGCAGCACUGGACUGACCAGUAUCUGUCGUCAGCAAAGAUCUGCUCUCAUGCAUUUUGGCGGGGUAACUGCAAGAAAGCCUCUGUGGGUCUUCUGUGUGAAGUUGGUCUCCGGUGUCGGACGUACUACGUUCUGUGUGGCUCUGUGCUCAGUGUGUGGAACGAGCUGGAGGAAGUGCUCACCCCGCUCAGUGGAACCAAUGUGAAGGUGCAGAUUGUCCGCCUCAGAACGGAAGAUGGACAGAGAAUAGUCGGUCUGAUCAUUCCAGUGAACUGCGUGGCUGCAUUAAUCAACAAGCUCUCAACAUCGGACCAGAGCCAGCAGCUCGCCGUGCAGGAGCUGCAGAAACGGCAGCAGCUGCACCCCCAAAGUCUCAGUCAUGCCCCCAACACAUAGUUUGGGGUGGACCGCGUUAAAACCCGUCUCAAGUUCACAUCCCAAUCAGAAGGGAUCUGACUCAUGAGCCUCUAUCUCUGCACUGCAGGCUCCAGGACCGCUGCCCCUUGUCCUGUAUCGACACCCCCAUCCCUUUCUCUCUGAGGGUUCGAGGUGUCACACCAUGCUGUGGUGAUUCUCAAAUGUAAAGCAGUGGUUGUACAGAGAAAAGAUUUCAGGGUUUUUCUUUUCUUUUCUUUUUUUAGUUCUCAGAGACUCCUGUGUUCACCUUGUCAGAUUUUGAUGGGUGAUGUUUUGUCCUCUGACAUUCAGAGUGAAAAGAUAUGUGAUAUAUUGAUCAAGACAGUCGAAAUCUAGAGGGGAUGUUGACCUGUGGCUGUUAAGUUAUCCUCUCCUACAUGCUAUGAGAUGUUCAGCCUGUACUACCUUGUAUGAAGCAAAGACUUUUUUCUUGGUUCAGACCAAAGGUGGAUGAGACAAAGAACCCUAUGUCUGUGAAAGUCUGAAGGCUUCAGACUUUCAUUAAAAAGGGCAUUUAAAGCUAAACUACAAUCCCAUUUUAAUAUAUUAUUAAAACAAUGUAUCGCUCCUCAGACAUCAUUCAGCACUAAUCCAGGGAAAAAUUAGUCUGAUAGAAAAAGUGGUGUAGGACAUUAUUCCAGCUAAACACAGGAAGCCUGAUAUCUGCGGGUAGUUUUCUGAUUAUCCGUGUCCAUUACAGCCUGGAGUUUUCCAAAUAUGUAUGUCUUUGUAUCAUUACAUCAAGCUUCGGCAGUCAAGCACCUUUACAAAGCACUAACACGUCAAACUUUGAUUUGUAAAAGACUUGGUUAUUUUAGUGUCAGCUUCUUUGUUGGUUUCUUUUUAUAGUACAUGAAGGUGAAAUGAGAGAAAUGAAAUGAUUCCCAAAGAUAAUAUUAAAACGUUGUUUUGUCUUAUCAGGAAAACGGGGCUUUCUUUUUGGACAGCUGCUAUCAACAGUGUUUUCAUUUAGCAUUUAUAAGCAGAAUUCAGACAGUUUGUUAAUUGUUUACAACACACUGUAUUGUAGUUAUAAGGACUUUAACUUCUCCUUCAAAGACAUGCUUCAUACUACAGGAACUUUGUGCCAUUCAUUGUCUGUUUAAACAGCAGGAGGAGUUAAAACGAUUGAAAGUAGUGUUUAUAAAUGCAUAUCUGAUCACAACUACAAAUAUUUUGCAAACCAUUUAUUAAAUGUUUAUAUACUGCGUAUACAUGUUGAUAGGAGAAAUAACUGCUGUUCUAUUUAAGCAGUAAAUCAUUUAUUCUCCCUUCUACCCAGUCUGUUAAAAACUUUUCUUUGUAGUUUGUGUUGCGGGUUAAAACCACCUUUGGUCUUUGCCUUGCCUUAUGUCUGAGGGGAAAAAAUGGUGUGAUGUCAGUAAUACCUUGCUGUACUAACUCUUAUUCAAAUGACAAGAAACAUGUUAACAGCAACAAUUGCAUACAUUAAAGCAGCUGAGGAAUUGUGAGCAAUGUGAAAUCCUUGAAGAGAAUCAAGUGCUCUACUUCAGAUGUAAUAUUUAUUUUGUUCCUUUUUCUAAAGAAUUCUGCUCAGGGUUUAAACUCGUACAAAGACCCUCUUUGAAAAAAAUAAAUAACGAAGAAACAUCUUUAAUAAAGAAUCUGAAAUGCAUGAUCUUAGCUCACAGUGCUCCACCUCUACUCUGUAAUGCUGCUCUGUGGUGGCUGUAUUUACAGCUCAUUUUCUCAGUACAUGUUUCUAACACAUCUCUCUGAAGCUGAGCUGUUAAGGAAACGGAUGACUGCUUUUGUUGAAAAGUAACCCUCCUCUUUUGCCUCUCAGUCCUAUAUUACAUUUUGUUAAAACUGCACUGGAAAGGACCGACAUAAGUCUGGAUACACAAACUGUCCUAAAUGCUGAUAAUUAUACAAAACGGAUGUGUUUUCUAUCACCAUGUGCUCGGACACAUCGUUAACCUGCACAUUAGUUAAUGUUAACUGUACUCUCUUUUCACAAUUGAAGCAUUUAGAAACAAGUGUAAUAGGAAAGAAGAAGUGUUUGUAUCAUACCCAUUUGCAUUUUGUACACUUUAUAAAAGGAUAAACACAGAUUCCUGACCGACAGAAAUGGGAGAGACAAUUGAAAAUCUUGAAUUGGAAGUAUUAUAACUUGAAUAAUUACCAUAUAUAAGCCAACAAAUUGUUUUUAUUUUGUCUUUCUGAGUUAUAUACACGGACUGCUGACUCCGGAACAUAGUUUUUGGAUGCCGUAAUGGCAGAAUGCUUCCUUUUUAAAGUUUAAACACUUCAUCAUUGCACGAGUUGCACUAGUAACGGAGUUGUACAAAAUUCAACAUUACCUGAAUGAGUGUGAUGCUCAAUAAAGCUUGGUAUACUUCUA